AUGUGCCAUGUCAUUGUCACCUGCCGCUCCAUGUUGUGGACUCUGCUCAGUAUCGUGGCUGCGUUUGGGGAGCUCAUCGCCUUCAUGAGCACGGACUGGCUGGUGGGAUAUCCUCGUACCCCUGAUGCGGUCUUUGGCCCCCAUGGGGCGACCACUGCAGGGGAGGCUUACAGGCCCACACUCGGAAUCUACGGCCGCUGUAUCAAACUGCCCCACCUGCAGAGGGGCAUCCUCUGCGGACCGUAUGCUGUACACUUUGGGGAGAUCGCCAGCGGGUUCUGGCAAGCAACAUCCAUCUUCCUGGCAGCAGGAAUCCUUCUCCUGUGUGCAGUGGCGUUCAUAUCUGUUUUCACCAUGUGCUUCCAAAGCAUCAUGAAGAAGAGCAUCUUCAAUGUCUGUGGACUGUUGCAAGGGAUAGCAGGCUUGUUUCUCAUCCUGGGGCUCAUGCUGUACCCUGCUGGCUGGGGUUCAGACAAAGUGCAGUUGUAUUGUGGUCCUGACGCGGCCCCGUACCGCGCCGGCCUCUGCUCCAUGGGCUGGGCCUUCUACACGGCGAUGGGCGGCACGGUGCUCACCUUCGUCUGUGCCGUGUUCUCCGCUCAAGCCGAGAUCGCCACGUCCAGCGAUAAAGUCCAGGAGGAGAUCGAGGAGGGCAAGAGCCUGAUCUGCCUCCUCUAG